GCCAAUAGCAACAAGAGGAAGGAUUGUCUGACCAGAUCGCAAAGCCAAAGGUAGCCUCAUCACAUCACGAGAUAAAAUAGACAGCGAGCAUCUAUUCGCUGCGAAACAUCGUGCACAAAUUCCCCCGUCAGCCCCCACGUUUGGUGGCAGCCCAGCCGCUGGCUUGGGCCUCUCUUGAAACGAGGUUUCCGGCCAGAGGGCCUACGGCCCUUGUGUCCUGCGCGAAGGAGCCGGGACGGGUACACGAGCGCGUCCAGCGCGUCCGUCACUGGCUGAUUUCCGCAACAGUUUUAUCGUGGUGGCCAGCCGGGCGGCUUACUUGUACGGUCUCUCACUCUCUUACGUACGAUACGACGGCGGCGCCAGACCAGUUUGGCCAGACGCUGGACGCACGAGAAUGGGCGGCUAGUUGGGGCAUUCCAGACUCAAACCGUAUGACACUCGCAUAAGGAUUCGGCAUCAAUCAAGCAAGCUAGCCGCUAUUGAUCACGACCCGGACCAUGGCCCAACGCACGCCAAGGUUCCCAACGCGGCCGGUUGCUCAGUUGCUUGGGUCAAAUGGCCCCGUCCACGCAGUCACGUACUCCGCUUCACCGGGUACCUACAUCCUAACCGGGUCGUCGGACCGCUCCAUCCGCCUAUACAACCCCUCGUCGACGACCCCUACCCCCUCGAACGCCGCUUCCAACAGCAUAACUUCCCGCAGCAGCAGCAACAGCAGCAGCAGCAACGGCAUAAACACGAGUGGAGGCUCCCCGCUCUCGCCGCCACCGGCGGGCCGCCUCAUCCAGACGUACAACUCGCACGCCCACUCGGUCCUGUCGCUCGCCGUCUCGGCCUCCAACGCGACCUUCUGCUCGGCCGGGGGGGACCGGGCCGUGCUCCUGUGGGACGUGGCCACGGCGCAGACGAUCCGGCGGUUCGGCUCCGCGUCGACGGCGCACUCGCACGCCGGCCGCGUCAACGCCGUCUGCUUCGCCGGCGCCGACGACUCCCUCGUCGUCUCGGGCGGCCUGGACUGCACCGUCCGGCUGUGGGACGUCCGCUCCGGCGGCGGCGGCGGCGGUGGCGGUGGCGGCGGCGCGGCCGUGCAGGUCCUGCGCGACGCCCGCGACGCCGUCACCUCGCUCGCCGUCUGCGGCGCCGAGGUCCUGGCCGGCAGCGUGGACGGCCGCGUGCGGGCGUACGACGUGCGCAUGGGCCGGUGCGUCACCGACGUCUUCCCCGGCAGCGUCACCAGCCUGUGUCUGGCCGCGGACGGGCGGACCGUGCUGGUCGGCACCCUGGACAGCAAGAUCCGGCUGAUGGACCGGAGGGACGGCGCCUGCCUCAGGACCUUCUCCGACCCGGCCUGGCGCAACGACGAGCUGCGCGUCCAGAGCGUCCUCGGCGGCCGCGAGAGGUUCGUCGUCGCCGGGGACGAGAUGGUGGACGCGCCCGAGGGGACGGGGAGCGACGGCAGGGUGUGGGCCUGGGAUCUGCUGACGGGCAAGCUGGUGGUCACGCUGUCCGUUCCGUGGGGUGGCAGCGGGGGCGAAAAUAGGAAGCGGGUCAUCGGGAGAGACGGGAAGGAGAAGGAGAGGAAGAACGUGGUGAGCUGCAUCGCGUGGAAGGAGGGAGGAUUCGGGGACCAGUUCUGCGUCGGCGGCACCUCUGGGGUCGUGACAGUGUUUGGCGAAGCUUGA